AUGAAGUUUUGGACUUCUGAACACGUUUUCGAUCAUCCUUGGGACACUGUGGCACAUGCAGCAUGGCGCAAAUACCCGAAUCCAAUGAACUGUGCUGUUAGUGGGAUCGAUGUUCUUAGACAACAUUUACUUGUUGAUGGUUCAUUACAAUCUGAACGUAUUAUCCAAAGCCAUUUUCCGAUACCUGCUUGGGUAACAAAGUUGACGGGUUUUUCUGGAACUCAAUAUUCUUAUGAAGUGACCGAAAUUAAUCCGGCGAAGAAGGAGAUGACUUUAAUUACAAGGAAUAUGAAUGCAGGACGCUUUUUACGUGUUGAUGAACGAUUAUUAUAUAAACCAGAUCCUUACAAUCAAGACAGGACGAUAUUACAACAAGAAGCUGCUGUAAAUGUUGAUUUGCCAGCAUUCGCAGAUUACUGCGAAAAAAUGUUCUUAAACAUAUAUGAAACGAAUGCCGAAAAGGGUCGGAAAGGACUGGAAUGGGUAAUUGACCAGUUCAACAGCUCAUCUAGAUCGAGUCCAAGUGCUGAAAAGUCGUCAUCACAGGGAUUCUCAGAUCCGACGCUUGUUCUCAGUUCACUGCAUUCCGCAGCGCAACAACCAAGUUUUCUCUCUUAG